AUGGUGGUCAAAGGGCAGAAUCGCCCUGGAGCCUGCUUCCAAAACCGACUUCUCAAUUCGAUCUCGGCUCAGAUGUCUAGAAAGCCCAUUUUCAAUGAAGUGAAUGAUGGUGCAGGUAGCAUAUCCCUCAACACCGACCCUCGUAUAAUCUCCAGGGAAACACGCAGCCAGUCUGGCAAACCACUUCGCAUGGUCCACUUGGAGACGCACGAGUACGUUGAGGACGGCGACGACUUCGACAUUCCAGCAGAGAAGAGAGAAGACCUACUAGACCUUCAAUUACUAAGGUUCCGGUACAUGCUUUCAAUAGCAAUGUCACAGAGCGAUGAGGGGAUGGACGAGGACGAGUAA